AUGUGUUUUCGAAAAACUUUGAAAACGUUUCCUGAGUCCAAACUGGCGCAGGUGGAGCAGCUGGCGCAUUGUUACAACCACGAGAGGCGGGAAUAUUUCUUUGACCGUAACCCACACCUGUUCCAGUUCAUUUUGGACGCUUGCCGGCGCGGGGUCAUCCACUUGCCAAAGGACAUCUGCGGCAUCGUCUUCCGGGAGGAGAUGGAAUAUUGGGGGCUUGCAGAGCGGCAGGUGGCACCCUGUUGCUGGGAGGCGCUUUACCGGGGCGAAAGCGAGCUGAAGACCAUGCAGAUGCUCGUCCAUAGUCUGCGGAAAGGCAAAAAGACGCGCUCUGGGGUCAUUGACAAGUCCGACAUCAAAUAUAGGGUGUGGCAAUUUCUCGAUGAACAGAAAUCGUCUAAAAUGGCUAUGAUCUGGUGCGUGUUUAUCUCCAUGGUGAUCCUGGGCUCCACCUUGAUGCAAGCGCUGGCCACCCUGCCCGCCUUCCAGGUGACGCCCUCCCUCGCUGAGCAGGCCACGCUCCGAAAGUAUAGCGAGUGGUACAAUACCACAUUCGGCCGCACAAAACCGCACCCCUACAUUAUCUUCGGAGAUUUAUGUUGCCACAGUAUUCUAACCAUGGAGACUCUAGUAGCAUUUGUCGUCUGCCCGAACAAGCAGGCGUUCCUGACGAGUUCUGUCCGGAUUAUUGUGUUUGCGGGCUACAUCUCGUACUGGAUCGACUUGAUUAUGGAAAUGAACCUUGAGAAGAUGACCACCGUCCACGCGCUGCGGGCCUACAUUGUCUUUAAGUACCUAAAUGUCCUUAUGUUGGGAAGACUAUUCUAUAUCACGCGGCAUCUUCCGGCCUUCAAGAUAAUGGGAUUGACAUUCCGCUCGUCCAAGCAGGAGUUGAAGAUUCUCGGCUUUAUGCUGGGAAUCCUGGUGUGCGUGUUCGGAUUUGCGAUGUUCAUAUCGGAGCUGCUGCACCAGACUAAUAUCAAUAACGUGUUUGUGGGCAUGUACUGGGCGCUCGUCACGCUCACCACUGUCGGCUACGGCCGCUACGUCCCGUACAGCGUGCUGGGUCAUAUUAUCGCGGCAGCAUGUGCGCUGUGUGGAGUCCUCGUGCUGGCGCUUCCUAUUGGCGUCAUCGCGUCCACCUUUUAUACCUUCUACAACUACCACAAAUAUGCCGCAAAGCACCUGCAACUUACGAAUUAA